AUGAAAACAAAUCCGUUUACCAGACUUCCGUACAGUAAAAAGUACUGGCAGAUUUGGGAGAAACGACGUCAGCUUCCCGUUUGGGAUUAUAAAGACAAAUUCAUGGAAAUUCUACAUAAUAAUCAAUGUAUGACAUUGGUGGGAGAGACUGGGUCAGGAAAAACGACACAAAUACCGCAAUGGUGUGUAGAGUAUGUCCGACAGAGGGCUAUUCCUGGUCAAAGGCGACUCGUAGCUUGCACCCAGCCGAGAAGGGUAGCAGCUAUGUCAGUUGCAGCUAGGGUUGCAGAUGAGAUGGAUGUACAGUUGGGACAGGAAGUCGGAUAUUCUAUUCGUUUCGAAGACUGCGUCAGUGCGCAAACUAUUCUGAAAUAUUGUACCGAUGGAAUGUUGUUACGCGAAGCAAUGAAUUGUCCACUUUUGGAUGGAUAUGGUGUCAUCAUUCUUGACGAAGCUCAUGAAAGGACGUUGGCUACCGAUAUAUUGAUGGGAUUAAUCAAAGAAAUUGUCAAACAACGCUCUGACAUAAAGAUAGUCAUCAUGUCUGCCACGCUGGAUGCCGGGAAAUUUCAAAAUUAUUUCGAGAACUGUCCGCUUAUGUCCGUCCCAGGACGAACUUUUCCUGUAGAAAUAUUC